CCACCUCUCGCCAUGCCAUCGUCAUCGUCAUCCUCGGUCGCCGCUGCCCCUUCUGGCAGCAAUGGCACCCGCCGCGACGGUGGGAGCGGGAGCGUCACGGGCUGCCUCCCGGCUGACCAGGCAUGCUUCGCGCUUUCGUCGUCGGCCAGCUCGCCAGGCUACCUGCACGCCUCGGCCACAACGACGCGUCGCGAUGCUUCUGCCACCGUGGCGCGCGCGUGCUGCACCACCGCGUCGUACGUCGUCGUCCUCGGGAUCAGCUUCGGCUCCCUCCUCGCCAUCCUGCUCAUCCUCUGCAUCAUCCGGUGGUACCUCGUGUGGAGGUCGGCGCGACCACGGCGGGACGACGGCGCCGCGGAUGAGGCGGUUGGGUCAGCCAAGAAGCGGUCGGCUGGGCUGGAUGACGACGCCAUCGCGGCGCUGCCGGUGUUCGCGUACAAGCAAAGGGAGGAGGGCGGCGGCGGCGCGGUGGGGGCAGCAGAGGAGGAGGAAGAGGAACGGGAGUGCGCGGUGUGCCUCGCCGUGAUGGCCGACGGGGAGGCGGCGCGGCGGCUGCCCAGAUGCAUGCAUGUCUUCCACCGGGGCUGCGUCGAUGUGUGGCUCAGGGAGCACUCGACGUGCCCCGUCUGCCGCGCCGAGGUGGUUGUUAGGCCGGCCGGUGCGGCGCGCGUUGAGAAGUUGCCGGAGAGCAGCGCGUCGCGGGCAUUGACAUCGCCGGUGCCGGCACCGGCGCCGAGGCCGACGGGGACAGUGGUGGACGACGGCAGGGAGAGGGACCUCGAGGCGCAGCAGUAGAUUAUUCUGUAGUAGUAUAUGACAUGAGUGUAGAUUUAUUAGAAAUUAAUUAUUGUUGUGUUUUUUUCAUGAAUUGCUUACUCUCUCUUUUUUAUUAUUGUUUUUCUUCAAUUAUUUAUGGGGGUAAGUUGUAGCUUUAGGGAUGUGAGAAAUAUGAGUCUAGAUCAAGACGCUUACGCAACUAUUUAUAGGGUUGUACUAUGUGACAAUAAAUAGAACGCAAAUAAUGUCUGACAAUAUCGCGGUAUUUUAAUGGUGAAAUUUUUGAACUUUCAAUCGCUUAAAGAUUUGUGUUGUGGUGGGACAUCCUAUUUCAUAGGCAACUGCAUGUCUUCAAUGGUGGCAACAUGCUUGGUCUUUCCUCUAGAUAAUUUUUUCGUCUUCUCUCCGUGAUUGUGAAUCUUAUAUAUAGUGCUUUCCUGACUAUCUUUCCUCGGUGGUUUCUCUCAUAAGGAUGUGAUUGUGUUAUGCGCUUUGUGUCCAUGGCGUUGUUGCAUGAGUGGAGAAAUGACAUUCUUUGGAAUAACGACCCUCCAGCUCUCUCUUUCUUUCUGCUUCACGGGUGGUCCAUCCGACAGUGGUGAAGGGCUUGUGAGGGUUGUGUGCAUGUCGAUGGAUGGCGGUGCAGAAGUAGAUCUAGUUUAGGAUUGGGGCAUGGCCUUGCUGAUGUUUUUUCAGCGGUUUUAUGGAUUCCAUCAUUGGAGCGGACGGCUAUUGCGGUCUUUAAAACAACUGUGCAAUUAGGACUAUCUAGAUUUUGCUUGGUUUUCUUGUUUGUCCUCACUUCCACUAAUGAUUGGAUGAAUGGGGAUAUGAAACAACAUAAAGUGAUCAUAGUUACGACUGAAUGCGGUGGAGGGGAAAGCUUUAUCAAAUUUAAUUAUAAUUUUUAUGGUUUUUUCUAUACUGAUUCUUGUUUUUCAUAAUAUAAA